AUCUUUUAUCAAGUUAGCUUUGAAUACUGUUUCUAGGCUUUCCUAUUUUGUAAGUACCCUAAAAGGGACCCUUCCCGUAAAUGUGGAAGGAUGUCGAGGGGCACUGGGCCUUUGUCAAAGCUGUAUAAUGCCAUUGUCAAUUCAGUUGAUAAAUUUGUACCGAAUGCAUUGCAGCCACUUUGGCAGUCACCAGCAGGCCCAAAGACGGUAUUCUUUUGGGGACCAUCUUUUAAAUGGUUAUUGGUUGCAGCGGGACUGGGUGAUGUUAUAAACCGCCCACCGCAAUUGAUUUCUUUAAACCAAAGUACUGUUUUGGCCGUAACUGGUUUGAUUUAUUCACGGUUUGCAAUGGUGAUCAUACCUAAAAACUAUAAUCUCUUGGCAGUCAAUUUGACAGUGGCCACAGUUCAGUCCUAUUUGAUUCUGAAACAUCUUAGAUGGCGCAGCCAGAAUGCUGGGAACAUCGUUUUUAGGUAUCCUUACCAUACACGCAAUCCGGAUGAUUGCUGGUGACUACUAGGCUCCUGGAAUUUUGCAGCGUUUAUACUUAUGUAUAUUUUAAGACCCAUCUAAAUUUUUAGAAGUUUUUAUGUCUAGACUAAUAAAUAAUAAUGUGCUUUAAAUCUCA